AUGGCAGAACGUGAGCUUCCUACACCUCAAGCUACUAUCUCGGUGAUUCUUGCAAGGUUUGGUACUAGAGGAUUUAACGAGAGAGAAACCGUCAGCUUAUUUGGAGCACACAGCAUAGGCAUUACGCACUGCACAUUCUUUGAGGACAGGCUAUACAACUUCUCAGGAACCGGGAAGCCUGACCUUGAACUCGAUACAGGGUUCCAGCAAGAACUGAAAACCAAGUGCCCCUUCUCUGCCUCGGCGCCAUCCCCUAGCUCUGGACAGUCCAUACCUGCAUCAGAUUGA